AUGCUUUCCAUCAAGUAUAUGAUUGCGAUCUGCGUGGUAGUAGUUGCCGGCACACCCGAAGAAGACGGCAAAUGGCAUCCCUAUAAAUAUGGAGAUGAUGGCAAGUAUAUACCUACAAACGAAGGUAAAUACAUCCACAUACCGAAUCCUUACAUCCAUAUCGAUAACCCUUACAACGGAGGCUACGGGCCCUAUACACAUGAUUAUGAGCCUUACGUGAGUGCAGCCACAGAAGAUCGUUACAGAUUAGUAAUGACCCCACCCAAAGAUAUACCAUACUACAAAGAGGGAUAUUACAGGAACAACGGCAUCAAAAUCAUCAGUCAAAAUCAUGUGUACAAUGAGGACAAAUACGAUUUCAACUUUGAAACAGAGAACAAAAUUCGUGCCAAGGAAAACGCCAUUCUCAAGCACCCGAACUCCAUCGAUGGGGGUACUGCUUCAAGCGGAUUCUACGAGUACCUUGGCCCGGACGGUUUCAUGUACCGAGUCGAUUACACCGCCGACGAGAACGGCUUCCGCCCUAAAGUUAAGCGGAUAGAGACGCCAUAUUCUGGAAAAUGGGUGCUAGAAAAGGUCAACUAG